AUGGAUAUGGUGCGAUUGACCCGCGGACAGUCCUUCCAGCAGCAGCAGCAGCAGCAGAAGAGCGCUUCCCAGCAGAACGCAAGUGGCGACGGCGCUGCUGCUGCUGGUGCUGGUGCUGGUGCUGGUGCUGGUGCUGCUGCCGGGGCUGACGCCGACGCCGACUCAAAGGGAUCGCAUGACCCCGCGGAUCUCAAUUCAACACUGUUGCUGGGGGAUUCGCAGUUUGGCGAGACCACGGGCACCUCGCUUCUCAACAUGUCCGGAUUGCGCGGGUUUAACACGCCGUCGUCGUCCAGCAGCCACCACAGCCACCACAGCCACCACAGCAACAGCAGCAACAGCAGCUUUCUAGGCCGGCCGCGGACGCUUCCAGUGCAAAAGCCUCUCUCCAUCCUGCAAGGCAGUGCGCCCGAGCCGUUUGUCGAGCCGCUGACGAUCGGCGAGCCAAUCUACGCGUCGCCAAAUUCGCUCGGAGAGGCAGGCUUCCUGCUCUCGGUCGACGUUUCGAACGCCCGCCACUCGGCCAUCUCGUCGGCCUACUCGUACUCUGAGGCUCUUGGCACGCUGUUUACCAACUUUGACGUGGGCGUGCCGUUUGUCUUUCGAGUGGCCAAGCCGCCGCCCACCGUGCAUCCGCUCCACAUUCGCGCCACGCUCCGCUACAAGCAAAUGCAGUUCAUGAAGGAGCCCGUGCGGCGCUGCCCGCUGCACCUGUCGAUUGACAGCGACCUCCAUCUCUUGCGUGCGUGCGACCAGGACACGGUCUACUCGGUCGACUACCACGGUCGCGCAUCGAUUGCCGUUCCGUUCACUCCGACCAUGCAGCCGCUCGUCCCCGUGCUCAUCAAUACUCUCAAGGACGCGCAUGUUCCCUUGGUCACGCGGCAUCCGUCCAGCACUCACGGCGAGGCGUCCCGAAGCAACCCGUACGUCUGCUGGUCGAUGACGUGGUUUCUCAAGUUUAUGUGUUACACGUCCUGCACGGGCGGCAUGAACCGUCGCGCCACUGAAAUUGUCUUCACCCUCGAGGACUCUCAAGGACUCAUUUACGGUGCCCAGGCCCUCGAUUUCCGAACCUGUGCAUCGCCGAGUCGCGACCGCAAGCAGCUCGAAAAGUCUCCGCCGCCGAUUCCCGUUGGCUCCAUCAUUCCUCCCGAAGUUGUGACUGCUCACCAAGGGUCUGCCCUGGCCGAUCCGGGCACCACAGCGUCCACCCCGACACGGCGGAGUGCGCAACCAGUUGUGCCCUCCCCGGUUGUUGCUGCUUCUCCUACGCCUGCGCCCGGACUGCUCUCGUCCGGGCGAAAAGCCGGGGCGAUUCCCGUGACAGGGGUUACACCACGCCCUCUCGUUGUCAUUCCCGCUGCCUCUUCGGCGCAGACCGCGCCGACCGCGCCUGCAGCUGCGAUCGCCGCUCCAUCCCCAGCUCUUACUGAGGCACACGCAGCGCCAACAACGCUGCUUCGUGACCGCAGUAUAACAGCCAUUGCUAAGCGACGUCAUGCCGACGACGACGACGAGAUUUUCACCAUCAGCAUUCGGGGACGUGACAAUUUUGUGCUCGUUUCCAAAAUCGUCGAGGGUCUGAACGCAUUGGCGCAGCGAACCUCUGCAGCCGUUGCCUCAAAGCUGGAGCGCACCACCACCCCGCCCGUCGUCGAGGACGAUCCAAGCGCGCCACCUGCGCUGUCGGCACUGGACACGCUCGCCCAAGCGGCCGCUGGUCACGUCCGCGCCCCAGACGAGGCUGCACCUGCCACGCACGAGCGCAAGCGCGCACGCUUGGCUGACGACGACACCAAAGCGGGCCGCGCCACGGAGGCGUCUGGCGAGUCCAUUUCAACGUGGCUGGGCAGUUUUGGCUUGAAGCAGUACGCUGUAAACUUUGCCAAGAAUGGGUACACGAACACGCCUCAAAUUUUGAACUUGUGUGAGGACGAUCUCAAGUCCAUCGUCCGCGUCAAAGCGCAUCGCGUUCGAAUCGCUGCCGCCAUCGACGAGCUUGCAGACGCGCAAGCCGAGCCAACAUCGACUCCGCCCAUGUCCUCUGACGGUGAUGUGACGGUUGUUCGCAUGACCAUUCGUCGCACCACCAGCUCCACCGCCAAGUAG